AUGGGUGUCAAGGUCCUGGAAAAAUCUCAGGGUUCAAAUAGACAUCUGCUGGUUAACGGGCUGAAGUCUUGUCUGGCGGGAGGCAACGCCGUGACCUUCACCUCUACUGCCUUUCUCGGCCUCGGGCUGUGUCUGGGCCGCAAGACCUACCGGAGAACAGAGACUCUGCCCAAACCCACCAUCUGGGCGAAGCCCAGCUCUGUCAUCACGCACGGGAGGCCUGUGGACAUCUGGUGUCGGGGGUCCCAGAGAGCCGACCAGUACUACCUGUACCGGACGUCGGCCCCGCAGCUCCAGAGGACUGAGUUUUCACUGGAAUCCGGAGACAAGGCCAAGUUCUCCAUCCCACUCAUGACGCAAGACUUUGCUGGGACCUACCACUGCCUGUAUCACAGCCAGGAGCGCUGGUCAGUGCCCAGCGAGCCUCUGAACCUAAUGGUCGCAGGAAUGUUCCACCCACCCACCCUCUCAGCCUUCCCGGGUCCCAUCGUGCCCUCAGGAGGGAGUGCGACCCUGCAGUGUGGCUCAUGGCAGCGGUUCGACUGGUUUUACCUGUGGGACGAAGGAGGAGGUGGCCAUUACGAGCUCCUGGCCUCCCAGUGCCGAGCUGAUGGCUGGUGCCAGGCCCUCUUCACCGUGGGCCCCGUGAGUCUGACUCGGAGGUGGACAUACGGGUGCUACGGUGUGUUCUCGGGCUCCCCUUACGUGUGGUCUUCCCCUAGCGACCUCCUGGAGCUCCUGAUCUCAGGUGUGUCUAGGAAACCGUCUCUGUCCCUCCUGCCAGGGCCUGUGGUGGUCCCUGGAGACACGCUGACCCUCCGAUGUCAGUCUGAUGUGGACUACGACAGAUUCGCUCUUUUCAAAAAGGGGGAACAUAACCUCCCCCAGAGACACAGCCGGCAGGUCCAGGCCGGGUUCUCUCAGGCUGACUUCUCCCUGGGCCCGGUGAGCGGCUCCCACGGGGGCCAGUACACGUGCUACGGUGGAUACAACCUCUCCUUCCAUUGGUCGGCCCCCAGUGACCCCGUGAACAUCCUGGUGACAGCCUUGCUCCCCGAGGACACGAUCCCCACCCUGUCGGCCCAGCCAGGCCCCACCGUGGCCCUCGGAGGGAAGGUGACUCUGUGGUGUCAGACUGGGAGCCUGUUCGACACAUUCCUCCUGUUCAAGGAGGGGGAUGUCAGUCCCCCUCUGCACCUCAGGUCUCGGUACCAAGACGGGGUGUUUCAGGCCACCUUCCUGAUGAGUCCUGUGACCCUGGACCACGAGGGCACUUACAGGUGCUAUGGGUCACUCAGCAGCUACCCCAGCCAGUUGUCCCGGCCCAGUCACCCCGUGGAGCUCAAGGUAGAAGGUGAGGAGCUUGUCUGUGGUCCCGAGCUCCCAGAUCACACAGUGGAGAAUCUCAUCCGCCUGGGUCUGUCCGGACUGAUACUGGUGGUGCUUGGGGUGUUGGUGUUUCAGAGGGGUCGCUGUUACACAGUGACCAAGCACCUCACCUCUGUAGUCUGA